AUGCUGGGCAAGAAAACUCGCGAUGCGGCGUUGGGGUUCGGCUGUUCCCUCGGGUUUCUUCUUUUCGUCUUCAAGUUCAACGAGAUUGUGCAGGAGUACAAGGCCAGGAAGCGAAUACGGAAGAACAUCGUCGUCGAGCCAGGGCUGCAUCGCACGUUGAUGAGGAUCUUCAAGAAGGCCUGCAGCAAGCGGGAGGUCGGGACAGUGAUUAUGCUCUGCACCAGUCUUCUUUUGCGAACUAUGGGAUCCGUCUGGGUCGCUCGGCACUGGGGAAAGAUGGUCAAAAUGCUGGUCACGAGGAACUUUCGAGAUAUGCAGCGUUUGGUCGUUCAGUUUGCGGGAACAUCUGUCUUCCUAUCGAUCUUGAACGCUCUGUUGAAAUAUUACAUCGCCAAGCUGCGUGAGGAGGUGCGCGAGAAAAUUACUUUAUGGUGUCACGACAAGUACAUGAGGAAGAAUGAUAUGAUCUUCUACAAAGCAAACAAGGUUGGAGAUGAUAAGAUUGAGCAUUGCGACCAUCAGGUGUUGUCGCAAUCUCUCAAGCCGAUUGUCGACUUCAUCGUCUACAGUGUUGACUUGAGUCGAGUUCAGGGACUAACCACUCCUCUCACCCUCUACGGCUGGUUCGCCAUCGCCUCCUGCAUCUCCACCGUCUCUCUCCCUCCCUACGGCGAGCUCGCAGCACAAGAGCAGAGACUGGAGGGAAUGUUCCGAGGCGUCCAUAGCGAGCUCAUCACAAAUUGCGAGCAGGUUGCGUUUCUGGGAGGAGAAGUACCCGAGAAGGACAGGCUCAACGAAUCGUUUGCUCGAGUGUUGAGACAUCUUUCGAAAACAACUGCGAUGAACUUCAACUCGGAGAUCUUGCGGCAGUACCUCAACAAAUACUUCGUCACUGUCAUCGGUUUGUUUCUGGUCAGCAGACCGUACUUCUCAAGCACAUGGAAAAACAUGGAGGCCAUGUCGACGUCGAUUCAGGUGGGAUGGGGUGGAGCAGCAAGGCAAACGCUGCCGGGACUUUCUGAUUGUACUGCUUUCGCAAGGUUGUUCUACCAUCGGCCCUCCUUCGUCGUCCUCGACGAAUGCACCAACGGAAUAUCUCCAGGCACGUGUCCUUUCCACCUCCAGCAGCUCACCUCCCCAGCAGAUGUCGAGCAGGAGAUCUACGAUCGCUGCACUCAGAUGAAUCUGGGGAUCUUCUCGAUCUCGCACAAGAUCGAGCUCAAGGAGUUUCACGACUGGGAGCUCCACUACAAGGGCGACAGCGUCGGAGGAUGGGAGAUGUUCAAGUGCUCCGAGACUCGCUACAACUUCAGCGGCAAGUACAUGGGGAAUCAGUCCAGAGGUCAUUGA